CACCGGUGGCAAGUACACAGACAGAACCAAAGCGUUCACUUUGAUAUCUUUGUUUAAUAUACUUGUAUUCCUAUUAUUAUUAUUAUCCUUUUAGAGUUUCAUCAGUAGCCGCAAACAGUUCUUCUCUGUAGAGCAAACAAGAGCAAACAACUUAUCUGCGAGGCGAGCUGUAAUUUAUUGUGAAAGUUGGAUUACAGCGGAGCCGCGUGAACUCACAGGGAAUACGCUGCUCAGAUGAUGAGCAGCGGGGAAAGAUCACAUCUGCGGAAUCGGCGGGAUCCCGUGCUGUCAACGGCAGCGUGGCCAGUGUAGAUAAGCCCCUUUAUGAGGUGAAAACCCUUCCCAGCCCUGCAGUAUCCCCUCCCAGCACCAACAGCAGGAAGAAGGGAUGUCACAGCUUUUGGCAGUGCUCAUUGUCUCCUGCAGCAUCCAGGUUUCUGCUGUUGCUACCCUGGAUAAGCUGAUGGAGAGCUGGAACUUGUACACGGAUGAGUGUAAACACAACAACAGCAGAGAUCCACCAAGCACUGGCCUUGUGUGCAACAGGACUUUUGACAAUUAUGCCUGUUGGCCCGACGGACUCCCUAACACCACUGUUAGUGUGCCAUGCCCGUGGUAUUUGCCCUGGCACCAUAAAGUUCAGCAUGGCCUGGUGUACCAGGAAUGUGAUGCGAAUGGCCAGUGGGUGACUACAAAGAAUACCAGCGAGUGUGAUUCUCAUGAGCUAGAUUCGCAGUACUAUGGCCAUAUUCGGAUCAUGUACACUGUGGGCUAUUCCUUAUCCCUGGUGGCUUUGGUUUUGGCUCUUGGCAUCCUCAUAUUCUUUAGGAAACUACACUGCAUGAGGAACAACAUCCACAUGAAUCUUUUUGCCUCCUUCAUCCUGCGAGCCUUGUCUAUCCUCAUCAAAGACGCUCUGUUGGAGGCCAGCCACACAGUACAGGGCCUGAGCAGAGACCAGGAGCAGGGAUUCCCCCGUGCAUCUGUAACUCCAGUGGAGAUGUUGGCCAGCAGCGAGACAACGGUAAGCUGUCGCGUUGCCGUGGUCAUGAUGCAGUAUAGCAUAAUGGCUAACAGCUACUGGCUGCUGGUGGAAGGCAUGUACCUCCAGAACCUCCUGGUCAUCACUGUGUUUACAGAGAGGAACUACUUCAAAAUUUACCUGUGCAUCGGGUGGGGUACCCCAUUAAUAUUCCUCGUGCCAUGGGUAGCAGCUAAAUACCUGUAUGAAAAUAAACUUUGCUGGGGGCAGAAUAUAGACAUGAAUUACUGGUGGAUCAUCCGCUCUCCAAUACUGCUAGCUGUUGUGAUCAACUUCCUUAUCUUUAUCCAUAUUAUCAGCAUUCUCGUGUCAAAACUUCGAGCACAUCAAAUGAGAUACACAGACUAUAAGUUCCGGUUGGCUAAGUCAACUCUAACCUUGAUCCCAUUGCUGGGAAUCCAUCAGGUGGUCUUAAUCUUUGUAACAGAUGAGUCCACAGAAGACAGCAAUGGCUUGCGUCUCACCAAGCUCUUCAUUGACCUUUUCUUCUCCUCCUUCCAGGGUCUCCUGGUGGCCAUCUUGUACUGCUUUGUCAACAAAGAAGUGCAGUCUGAGAUCCUAAAGAAGUGGAAACGUUGGAAGCUAGGGAGGAACAUUGAGGAAGAGUACCGCCACACCUACAGCAAUAUCCCCAACACAAAGACAAGCAGCCUCUUGAAUCACGUCCCUCAACUGCCUCACCUCCCGGACAUCGCCAAAACCUCUGACCCAGUCUGUAGCCCCGAGGAGAGGCACAUGCUUGUCACUGGCGACCACAAUGGUAUGGUCCACAGUGCGGGGGAAGAGACGUGUUCCUCGCUGCUGCAUGAGGGAACCAACAGCAACGGCACCCUAGUGGAGGAUAUCAGCAUUACGGACAAGUUGCAGUGUUACGAGGUGCAGAGAGAGAACGUGGAGAGCCACCUCUGAAACCUGCUGGGAAUUUGAAAAAGGAAGUUUGACUGACCUGCUCAGCUGCAAAGAGCCGAGUAAAUAGCAUCACUUUUCAGGUCCGCCCUCUGAGAUCUGUGUCACUGAGGACAUAGCAGCCAUUGCCACAGUCACAGAGAACAGAGAUCAGUAGGACAGACAUCCACACUGAGAUUUUGAAUGUGGAGUGAGUCUCGUGAACGGAUUACUUUAGAUGUUUUUCACACAGUGUAAGAAGCUGCUGCAUGUUGAACAAUUUGCGCAACAGCAUCCCAGUGCAGAUAAACCAUGGAAGAUAAUAAUAAAUGAAACCUGAAAUAACAAAACAAAACAACAAAAACGUCACAGGUCCCGUGCUUGAGCCUCUGCUUUAAUUCAUGCUUUCUGUCAAAUUUGUGGUACUGAAGAUUAAAUACAAAGUGAGCAGUGAACUGAACACACACACACACACACACACACACACACACACACACACACACACACACACACACACACACACACAAAGACCAAAAUACACACAGAAUAAUAUGAAGUAGGGACAAAUGGGAGUCCUUUUUUAGUUUUCCUGUCCAUGUGAUUUAGAUGAUAAUGUGCAGAAAAAGAAACAUUAUGUUGACUAUACCUCAAACAGUAAGGCAACCACAGUGUUGUAUAAGUGACCUCAUUCAGGGCUCAUAUGGGAAAUUGGCAGCUUCUGUCCCCAGGUCCGUCUCAGCUUGCGUAUAGACAUUAAAGGAGGUCAAGAGAUGUAUAGGAUGAAUUAUAAAUAAGCUAAUAUAAUCAUCACUUGACUUUCUUAUGUAUUUUGGAUUAAAAAGCCUCUUUUUUAUAUAUUAGUUCAAUACUGCUGAUUGCUAUAGUUGCAGCUGUUUAAAUGUGCCAUGUGUGUUUUUUACAGUGAUAGUUGAAUUCCUGUGCCACUAAUUUUCUUUGCCUCCUUUACCAUCAAGAUGAUAUCUGACUCACAUGCCUUGGCAAACUUCUGUACCGUAUUCCGCUCAGCCUCUGGAUACAGUGUUGCUCUCAAAUCAAGGAUAAAAAUACAUAUGUGACCUGUACAGCCCUAUAUAUGUAAGGUAUGACUCCAGCAUCAAUGCUAAAAAUGGCACAUAACGCCUGACACAAGGAUCGCCUUGGGAUGUCAUGCACGAAGGUUGCGUAGAUUUUUGUGAGCUUAACUUGUGAGUUGUGUGACUCAUUCACUCUACGGUGCCAUCGCAUCAGACGAAACGUCCCUGCUAACGACUGCAUCCGCCCAGUUACUGUACAGACAGAGUCUAAUGCAGCUGUACCACGACUGCAGCGGCUGUGGACACUUUUGAAUGAAACUCUGCACCACAAAAGUUGAACCAAACCUCUUCAGCAAGCUUUCGAACAGCAAACAAAGUUAGUCAGGCAGUGGUACGUUUGCGCCUGAUCACAUUUAUUUUCAAAGAAAGGAAGCCUCCUGCAGAAGAGAAAUUAAUAUCUGAAUUGCUGAAACAACAGAACUGAC